AGUGCAGCCCAGGAGCUCAGUGACCCAGCAGUGAUGGGAGCUGUUCAUGGGCAGCCCAGUCUGGAGGACUCUGCUCUCCUGAAAUCAAUGGAGGAAACUGCAAUGCUGGAGACUGCAUGUUCCCCACUGGUUCCUCAUUUCCCUGGUUCCCCAGGAAUGUUUCGCCCAAAUGUACGACAACAGAGAGGUCCCCCCAGUCACUGCCCGCUGCGAAUGCCUUCAGGAAGUGUCCCACCUUUACCAUUCCGACCUUUGUCUCCCAUGCUUCCUGGGAGGAAGCUGAUGACGAUGAGAUUUGGGUCUCCAUCACCCUCAGCCUACUUCAGUUCUUCGCCUAAACUUCUCGAAGCCUUUCGGUUCCCUGGACGUGUUACACAGUUACAUCCACAACACAGUCGCAUUCUCAGCCAAAGGCAGCAACGCAUGCGGAGAGAGUCUACUAAGGAGCCUAAUGCUGGGGUAGAUGCUUUUGGCAACUUAAUGACUGAUAAAGAAAAGGCUUGGAUCAUAAAAUUACAAAUGAUCCAGCUACAGAGUGAAAAUCCACAUCUGGAUGACUACUAUUAUCAAGAAUUUUUUCGGAAACUUGAACUCAAACUUCAGGACGAGGAGCUGGGUAAGGAGGUGAAACGGGAACCUCAGAAGUUGGUCACUCCGUAUGUUCAGAAGGCAGAGAUGUAUGAUUCUGUUGUCCACAUCGAGGGUUCACUGGGACAAGUUGCUGUCUCCACAUGUUACAGCCCUCGUCGAGCCAUAGAUGUUGUUCACGUCUUAACCCUGGAGGAGGACCCACCAAAUUUAGGUCGGCAGCGACUUCAUCUGCUGGACAACAUCGAGAAGAUGUACCAGCUGCUCCUGGAGUUGGAGGAGAUGGAGACCCAUCUGGUGUCUGUGCCAGAGGAGAAGAGGUUGAUGUACCAAUCGCUCAGGGACAGGAAACUGGAGCAACUCUACCAGCGUCUCCAUGUGGGCAUCAGGGAAGAGAAUUCAGAAUUUUUCAGGAUACUGAGGGUGCGGAAGGGGAUCAAACUGCUGUCCCGUCUCCUGCCUCUGCUUCCUUCCACCCGCUGCACCGAGAUCCUCUUCUCUGUGGCGGCGUCCCUGCACCAGCUGGGCAAGGAGGGUCUGGAUGAGCAGCUGCCCCUCCUCUUCCCAGCACUAACAAGGAGUGUUUCCAGCCUCACCUUCUCCCAACUUGUCUCCCUGCUCCGAGAAGUGAUAUGGGGUGGGGGUGUUCCCCACACCCUCCAGCACAUCUUCCACAACACGUUCAGUCUUUCCUUCCUCUUUGUCCUGCUGAGUCACGGAGAGUCCCUACUCUCUCUUAGCUGUCCCACAGAGCCCUGUGUUGAGGAUUUCCAGCACUGGAUGGACAUCAUCUUCCUGGUGGCCCAGGAACUCUCGCAGACCCCAAAAUCAAGCAUGGCUGAACCCCUUCAGCUCCCUAGCAACUUGCUCUCGCUCUUCUGCCGGUACGUGGACAAGCAGACAGCCCACACGCUGGAGGACAAGAUUGAAUUCAGCAUAUCCGAUUCCUGUUCCCGAAUGUAAACAUUGCAUGGGCCAGCUCCACAACCCCUACUCCUCUGUUGAACUGCAGAGAUUUUUGCACCAUUUUCCCCCUUGUCUGAGGCUCCCUCUCCCCUCUUGCUAAUUUGGGGGUAAUUGAAGAGAUGGAGAUGCAGCUGUGGGGGCUAGGAGAAAGGGCAGAGUGGGUAGGUGAAGGGGAGGGUGGUGGAAGGAUUUCUAACAAGCUAGGGUAUGGGGAGUCUGUACCUGCCCCACUAUGGCUCACAGACCACACUCUGUGCAAUAAAAGGCUUAUUGGUUUCACCCUCUUCCUGUGUCUCUCUCCAGCUUUGGACUACCUCCUGUUGGGUACCUGGGAUGGGUGGGAGAAGAAGAGAAUGGGGAAAUCCCCCCUUCAACCUCCUGGGACAGGUCAUUCCACACAUCCAGUGAAGAUUCUCCCUGAUCAGCUGGUAACAGGCACAAGAUCAAGGGGAUGGGACCCUGGAAACAUCUGGAGACAAUGUGGUUACGAAUGAGAGAGUUUA